UAACCAUAGAAUUGUUAAUUAUUAGCAAUGAUUAACCAAGAAUCGUUCGUGCAUAAACUAGAGAUUUAACUUGAUGGUUGACUGAUUAUAACGGUCAUUCAUAUAUACCUGAGCAGUUAAUUGUCAUAAUUUUGGUUAAAUUGUCCAAGAAUGAAAAUAAAAACACUCACUGAUCAUAAUCUCUUGCAAUUAACUAUCAUCGAAACAUUUGAUUACAAUCAAAUGAUCAACUGAAAAGAUGAUCACAAGAAGAUGAAUAUAAUCUGUUAUUGUUUCCAUUUAAGUUUAAUUUUAUUAAUUUGUGUUGAUUACUUUUCAUCGAUAGAAGGUGCUGUUCCAGGUACUAAAGAUGCCAAGAAAAAACCGAAGCCCAAGAAAAAGAAACCCGAUUAUAAAAACAAGUACCAUUGUUUAGUUUGUUUAGCCGAUUAUUCAAAUAAGAGGAUUAACUUUCGUGAUACUUGUAUUAAUCCGGCCGUUAAUGUUUCCGAUGCCGAAGCUAAAUACCUGACCGUUUGUCCAUCCGAUACAACUUUGUGUGCGUUUGAAUUGGUAACAAUUAACGAUGUUUUCACUGCGAUUGAAAGACGAUGUGCAACUUCAUGUACUCCAAGUUGCUUCCAAUCGGGAUAUGGAACUGAGAAAACCAUUUGUACUUAUUGUUGUAAUAAGAGUAUUAAACCAGAGGAAUUUAAUGAUGAUACUGUUUACGAAUACAUUUGCGCUGGAGGACUGAACGGAUCCAUGUUACCUAAUUUUGGAAUCACUUUAUUACAACUCGUCAUAAUCUUACCUUCAAUUCAAAAAGUAAUCAACCAUUGGUUGCGAAUCACAAUUUGAUUAGUUAUUAGAUUCUCAUUUUGAUCCGAUUCUUAUAUAUUCAGUUUACCAUGUGAUUUACUUGUAUUUUGUUUUGUUUUGUAGUUACAAUUGUGAAGCUGAUUAAAUUGUUAAGAUGCUUGUUGAUUGAGAAAUUAAAUUUUUCGUAUUUUUGGUUUUA